UUUCGGCAACGUUCGAAUCCCGGAGAAACGUUUUGCAAGUUUCUUUUUUUUCGGUGACAGUUGACAGGGGAUACAUAUAUAUUACGAUAGUGAAGUUGAGGAAAUUCUCUAGUGACUCUAUCGAAAAGCUUCGUUUGGUGUGUAAAAUUGCGAUUAUAUAAACGAAUGGAGGUGUUCGAGAUCUGUGAAAUCGGGAAAGCAUUCUGAAACAGCCCCGCCGCCGCAGACGCCGCCGAUGCUGCACCGCAAUGGCGCCGGCUUCGAGCUCCCCGCGUGCGCGCCUCUGAGCUGCGCCGUCGCCAGCGACCUGCCCAUGGACGCCGCCCAGGGCUGCGACGGCGGCAGCGGCUGCAGCGCGGGCGGUGCCGGCUUCUACGGCGCCCACGCUGGCCGCCUCAUGGACGAGCGGUGCUGCAAGGGCGCGCAGGGGCCCGACUCGCACGCCCUCCUGGGCGGCGCGCCCCUCAGGAUCAUGAAGAGCCGCCUCGGGGAGGGCUGCUUCGACGUCACGCUCAACGACGGCUCCUCCGGCACCUUCGUGAAGGUGCCCGUCAAGUGCCCUCCGCCCAUCGCGCCCGCGCCCGCCGCCCUGCCGCCCGCAGAGGCGUGCGAGCCCCCCGAGAAGGCGGCCGCCAAGCCGCUCCUGCGGGAGAAGCUGAGCGCCGGGAAGGACGCCGCGGAGCCCGAGAGGCCCAGCAAGCCCGCCGCCCCGAAGGCGAGCGCGGGCGUGAUGCGGGCGGGCGGGCGGCACCAGCUCAUCGACAUCCACGGCCUCGCGGUCUUCCUGAGGCAGUCGACGCGGUGCCUCUCGUGCCAGGCGGCCUGCUGCCUCUACGUCACGGGGACCAUCUCGGCGCACCUGGCGGCCGUCACGCAGGUGAGGAAGGCUGCUGCUGGUGUCCUUUGAGCCAGGGAGAU